AAAAUUUACAUUUUGCACGGCCGGAAUGCUUUCGCGGUGUUCCACACAGCUGUUUGUUCCGUGCGGAGUAGGAACUUCGAUGCUUUAACAGCUUACAGCGAUUUUAGCUCCCCACAGAAACAACUAGAAUGCCACUUCAAACUUCGGUAUGGCGACAGCUGGGCCGGCCUGUCAGUGACCUGAUCGGAAGAAGAGGCAUCAGCAACAGCCGCGACAAACCGAAAAGGGUCGUCGUCACCGGACUGGGCAUGGUCACUCCCCUGGGAGCUGACGCUAAGACGUCGUGGAGUCGGCUCACGCAGUCCCACAGCGGCAUAAGUCGUCUGGGAAAAGAGUACGACGGUAUUCCCUCCAGGGUUGCGGGCCGCGUUCCCACCGAUGCCUCUCAGAACCCGUCGCCGUUUGACGUGCAUAAGUUCGUCUCCAAGUCGGAGCUACGGAGUACCUCGCUGGCAACUGCGUUCGCCCUCUCCGCAACGAAAGAAGCCUUAGACGACGCCCAGUGGCACCCGGAUUCGGAAGUUGACUGCAGGGCAACGGGAGUAGCAAUCGGCAACUGCAUGUGCGACCUGGAAUACGUUGUCGACAGCGGGAUGGCAUUUAGAGAGAAAGGCUACAGCAAGAUUAGCCCGUUUUUCAUUCCGCGGAUCCUCACGAACAUGCCAACCGGGAUCAUCAGCAUUCAGCACAAGUUGAAAGGGCCCAAUCACUCGGUUGCGACGGCGUGCACUACGGGCGUACACGCGAUCGGCGACGCGUUCAGCUUUAUACAGCGCGGCUACGCUGACGUCAUGGUCUGUGGUGGCGCGGAGGCUAGCAUCUCUCCCAUCGGCGUCGCUGCCUUUGCGAGGAUGCGAGCUCUAAGCACCGCCGAGGACCCUGCUAAAGCGUCGAGACCCUUCGACAAGAACAGAGACGGCUUUGUCGUGGCCGAAGGGUCUAGCAUUCUCGUUCUGGAAGAUCUGGAACACGCGAUUGCCCGAGGAGCCAACAUUCACGCCGAGAUUCUAGGUUACGGACUCUCUGGGGAUGCUUUUCACAUCACGGCAGCCUCCACUGACGGCGACGGUGCGUUCGCCUGCAUGGAGUCUGCGCUGAAGAACGCCGGCGUUGACAUCCAAGACGUUGGUUACGUGAACGCUCAUGCCACGUCGACGCCGGUCGGCGAUGCCGCUGAAGCAGCAGCGAUUCGUGGCAUAUUAGGCGACUACUGCAGCAAAGUUGCCGUGUCGGCGACCAAAGGCUCGACAGGGCACCUCUUGGGAGCAGCCGGCGCCACGGAAAGUGCAUUCACGGUACUCGCUGUUCGCGAUGGAGUCAUUCCACCGACGCUAAACCUCGACUGUCCGGAUGUUGGUGCCGAUCUCAACUUCGUGGCCCAUCAGUCAAGGCCGUGGCCAACUGAGAACACGACCAGAAGAGUUGCAAUUAAGAACUCUUUCGGAUUCGGGGGCACGAACGGUUCGCUCGUUAUAGCCGAGUACAGAAAAUAGCACUUUUUUUUUUCUCGUUA